AUCAAUAAAAAUUUAACAUGUGUUUUAGUGAUUAAUUAAAAUAUUAUAAAAAUAAAUGUUUGAAUAUAAAAUAAAAGAAAUAAAUAAUUAAUAAAAAAUAAAAAUUACCAUAACAAUUACGUUUAACAAGAGAAAUCACUAUAAAAUUAUAAAAAUAAAUACUAUUAAACAUUCCCUUUAAAUCAAUAAACCAAUUUAAACAACUUUACACAGACAACAAAAUGCCUCCUAACUUUGAAAAUACCUCCGCCGCUAUACCUUCACCAGCCACCACCCUUUAUAAUUACAACAAUGCCACAACAAAAGAACAGGAUUUAUUUCAAGAUUUCUACGAAAUAAGCAGUUUAGUACGUGUAACUGUACCCUUAUGUUUCGGAGUUAUUGCUUUAACCGGCUUCUUUGGCAACAUCUUAGUCAUACUGGUCGUGUGUCUUAAUAAACAAAUGCAUUCGACCACAAAUUUAUUAAUUGUUAAUUUAGCUGUAGCCGAUUUGUUGUUUGUAAUCUUUUGUAUACCUUUUACCGCCGCCGAUUAUGUGGCCGAUUCAUGGCCUUUCGGUGACCUAUGGUGUCGUACCGUACAGUAUUUAAUUGUGGUUGCUGCCUUUACAAGUAUUUAUACUUUGGUUCUAAUGUCUAUUGAUCGUUUUUUGGCGGUGGUACAUCCCAUACGUUCACGUAUGUUGCGUACCGAAAAAAUUACCAAAAUAUGUAUUGCAGCCAUUUGGACGGUGAUAUUGCUAGUGUGUUUGCCAGUGGCUUUUACACAUGGAGUUGUGAAGACCGAUGAUGAUGAUCCAGAUUUCCCCGAAUUCGAAGUGUGUCAAUUUAUACCAAAUGAUUUUAUAGGACUCCGAACGUAUCAAAUAAUAUUUUUUACCAGCUCGUAUUUACUCCCUCUAAUGGUCAUUAGUGGUUUGUAUAUGCGUAUGAUAACUCGUUUGUGGCGACAAGGCAGUGGUGUUCGCAUGUCUGUCGAAUCACAGAGAGGACGUAAACGUGUGACACGUCUGGUUGUCGUUGUUGUGAUUGCAUUUGCAUCAUUAUGGUUGCCAGUACAGCUAAUUCUACUGUUAAAAAGCCCUCUAUAUAUACCAUGCCGAUACCAAGUUACCGUGAUUUUACAAGUUGUCGCACAAACACUGGCAUACGCGAGUUCCUGCAUAAAUCCGGUACUCUAUGCAUUUUUAUCGGAUAAUUUUCGUAAAGCAUUUCAUAAG